AUGAAUAGACAGGACUAUGAACAAUUAGACACAGGGGCCAGGAGUAUACUUGCAAGCCGUACAAUUUGGGUAAGUGCUCUCAUUGCUCUGCCAAUAAUGGUUUAUGUCUUCAUCGUGCUGCCAAUGUAUUCUCCUCCACUGGUUGAGCUGCCCUCGCUGGUGAAGUACGACGUCUGGGAGCCACAGCAUGAGAGGCUCAUACUGGUUGGAGACGUCCACGGGUGUUUUGACCAGCUUAUGAGGCUGCUGGACACAGUCCACUAUGAUAACACCACUGACAAGGUGGUCCUGCUGGGAGACUUCCUAUCAAGAGGACCAGACUCACUUGGAGUUAUGAAAUGGGCAAGGGAGGCCAAUGCCACCGGUGUGCUGGGCAACCACGAGCUCAACAUCCUGAGCAAAUACCAGAGCUUUCGACCUCUGAUGUUCGAAGAUGAAGAGGUGUUCAAGCUGGACAAGCACGUGGGCAAGUAUGACAACGAGCUGCAAAUUGCUAGGAAACUGACUCCAGAGGAUAUCCAUUACCUGGUGAGGUUGCCGGUCGUGUUGAACAUCAAGGGCGUUGGUAUAUGUUCACACAUGGGCGUUGUUGAGUCCCAGCCCUUGGAUAAGCAACAGGUUUCUGAUCUGCUCGCUAUGGACAAAGAUUGGUAUCACUCCUGGAAUCAACUCCAGAAGACUCUGCCUAAGCAUGAGCGAAACGUGAUCUACUAUGGGCAUUUUGCUAGAGCAGGGCUUCAAUUGAAGAAGUAUUCAAAAGGCUUGGACUCCAGCUGUGUCUACGGUGGUCAGCUCAGUUGCUUGGUCAUCGAUAAAGACGGUACCGAAACUUUGCACCAAGUGGAUUGCUGA